UAAUUAUGCCAUUCCCUACUGUGAUAGUAGGCUGCAAUUUUAAGGAGCUCAGAAUUUUGCUACUGGCUCUCAGUGGUGGACUUUGCCAGAAAACUCUGUUGCAAUCGGUUGGUAGAUGUCUGGUGCACAGGAGAUCAGAGAGCAAUUCUGCAGAUCAUCAUACAUGUGGUACUGAAGAACAAUCUGAUGGAUCUGGUUUUUCCAAAGCACAGAGUUAAGAUUUGGGAACCUCACUGAGUGAAUCAGAUGAACGCGAUGCAAAGAGCCAAGAAAUGUAGAAUCAAAAUAUCUCGGCAUCCUGUGAAGGAGUCACUGUGCAGGAGAUUGCAAGUAAGGAAAUCCAAAUUUGAAUGUCAACUGUCUCCCCCACAGGAGAAAGGAGUACCUCUGAGCAUGGGAAUCCUCACGAAAACAACAUUCAUCCUGGCAUUGCUCCCAGGCAGAGCAAGCUGUGUAACUCAUCAGAACCAGGAAGGUCCCUCAGACACAGCUGGACCUUCAUGCUAUUAUAGACUGGAUGAUCACCCCCUACCUUCUGGCUUCUUAAUCUUUGUGGAAGGCUCCUUUGUAUUCCGUGACCACAAAAUUCUGUGCACCAUCAGUGGAGUAACAACAUAUUGCUGAGAAGUGAACUCCUUGCUUGAAGAGACUUUGCAAUUUUUUUAGAAGAGAACUGCCUCCAAUUUCAGUCGGAUUCAUUAAUUUACAUUGUGAUUUUCAAAUGACUCAUAUUUCUUUUAGUAAAACAGACUAAAGAACACAACAUCAAAUGCCCAAGUAGGUAUAGUUUCCUGUUCCAAGUCCCUCUGGAAAUCCUGGAAACACAAGAACUGUUCAAAAUGUUGUCAUCUUUUCAUGGCAACAUCAUUAGCUGAAGUUCCUCUAUUUUAGCAGUCCACUGCCUUCACACCUGAUUUAGAAGGCAGUGGGUGAAGAGCACAUUUGCUUACACACUGCCCAAGCAGCUCAGACUGCCAUGUCACACACACACCACGGUCAUUUCCCUUUAUUUCUUGCAUUUUAGGAGUUCUGAGUAUAGGUGAAGUACUGUUACAAUGCCAAAGAGUAAUUGCAUUUUAGGUGCUAUUUCAUGGCAGCAGAGAUAAUUCAAACCUCAGGUUGAUUCCAGGUUUCAAAUAUCAGAAAGGUGGAGCUGUCUGUUCAAGGGUUCCAAACUUACCUCAAGACUCACACUGGGCAAAUGUUAAGUCCAGGGAUUUGCCCAUAAUUAAUUUUUUUUAGUGCAGGAAGAAUCGACUCAUAUGGAAAACUACUGUAAAAGAAAAUUUGACAAAGAUGAUGCCACAGUAACUUUUACUCUCCUGAGAUGUUAAACCCGUGCAAGACAAUUUAUGAAAUAGAUAAUGAGUGUUUGAAAAGCAGUGGUUAGUUACACUUUAGAUAACAACCUCAAUGAGCCAGCUGUCAGGAAAGUGAUGGAUUCAGCUUCUAUUCUAUGUUUACCUGCAGAAAACUCUGCUGAGACACAAGUAGGAUACUCACAUCUCUCUCUAGACAGAAAGUUCAUGAUAACAGGGGAUUUGAAGAGACAGAAGAUUGAUUUUCAUGAAAAGAUGAACUAGUCAUAUUUCUUUUUACUUUUAUCACCUAGUUGAACAGUUUAACUUUUGAGGAAUGUAAAUAAAUUUAUGUU